AUGAUUUUGUAUUCAAGAGUGGGCAUCUGCUCAUAUCUUCCAAAGGAGCAUUCUGUUGUAAAACCGAGGCACGUCGCUACUCAAUUACCUCUCUCCUCUCCCAGUAAAGUUCCUGUUGCCCUCCUUCCCUUCCUUGAUCUUAUGCCCUUGCUUCCCGCCUUCUCGUAUAUAAGGAUUCGGCCGGCUUCCUCAAGGUUAGGAUGGAAGUCGUGGAAGAAGCGAUGGUUCAUCCUUACACGCACCUCUUUGGUUUUCUUCAAGAGCGACCCUAGUGCACUUCCUCCGCGUGGUGGUGAAGUAAAUCUGACUUUGGGUGGAAUUGAUUUGAAUAAUUCAGGAAGUGUUGUAGUUAGAGAAGACAAGAAAUUGCUGACUGUUCUAUUUCCUGACGGUCGGGAUGGACGGGCAUUUACGCUUAAGGCAGAGACAAUGGAGGACCUGUAUGAGUGGAAGACGGCCCUUGAGCAUGCUCUUGCCCAAGCACCAAGUGCUGCUCUUGUGAUGGGACAUAAUGGGAUAUUCAGAACUGAUUGUAAUGAUACGAUAGAAGGAUCUUUGCAUCAAUGGAGGGACAAACGCCCAGUUAAAUCUUUGGUUAUUGGACGUCCAAUUUUGCUUGCUUUAGAAGAUAUUGACGGAGGACCCUCCUUCCUCGAAAAAGCACUUCGGUUUCUUGAGAAGCAUGGAGUUAAAGUGGAAGGAAUACUGAGGCAGUCCGCAGAUGUAGAAGAAGUGGAGAGAAGAGUUCAAGAAUAUGAAGGAGGCAAGACUGAGUUUAAUCCUGAUGAGGAUGCUCAUGUCGUUGGUGAUUGUGUUAAGCAUGUUCUUCGUGAGUUACCUUCAUCUCCUGUUCCUGCAUCCUGCUGUACUGCAUUGUUGGAAGCUUACAGAAUUGACCCAAAGGAAGCUCGGGUGAACGCGUUGCACUCUGCUAUACAAGAAACAUUCCCUGAACCAAAUAGACGGCUCUUACAGAGGUAAGAUGGUGCAACAUCAGCUUUUGUUUACUUGAUUUGUUUUCUGAUUAUUUCAUAGCUAAUUGCUUCU